AUGGCGACCAAAGCACUAGAAUCGAGAUUUGAGCAAUUAUCCGUCAACGAUGAAAACCUCCCUCCAAGUAGUCAUAGGGACUACGAGAAGCCCAAGGCUGCGUUGCCAAAGACCAUCUCGAUAUCUGGAUUGUCAAGCGCUAGCCAGGCUUCACUUAAUGCCAACCGCGCAAAUCUCUUGAAAUUUGCUUUGCAAAACAAUGAAGGGAGGCUACACCCGAAUGCCGCUUCUCCUCGUAAAAAUAACUCUGGAUCCGCCGAAGAGGGAACCCCCUCACACCCACUUUAUGACCAACCAUCCGCAAAGCAAUGGCAUCUUGGAAUGUUCGAGAUUGGCAAACCGCUUGGGAAGGGCAAAUUUGGACGAGUGUACCUCGCACGAGAGCGGUCUACUGGAUUCGUCUGCGCUUUGAAAGUCCUUCACAAGCACGAGUUGGUGAAGGGAAGAGUCGAAACGCAAUUGCGGCGAGAGAUCGAGAUCCAGAGCAACCUCAGACACCCCAAUAUUCUACGGCUUUUCGGGCACUUCCAUGACUCUAAACGAGUAUUUCUAAUACUUGAGUUUGCCGGAAAGGGAGAAUUGUACAAGCAUCUCCGAAAAGAGAACCGCUUUCCCGAAUGGAAAGCCGCACAAUAUAUCGCACAGAUGGCGGCUGCACUGAAAUAUCUCCAUAAAAAACACGUUAUGCACCGUGAUAUUAAACCAGAGAACAUCCUUGUUGGGAUUCACGGAGAAAUCAAGAUCAGUGACUUCGGUUGGAGCGUCCAUGCCCCCAACAACAGAAGAAAGACCAUGUGUGGUACUCUCGACUACCUGCCACCUGAAAUGCUCAAGCCAGGAACCCAAGAUAACUACUACGACGAAAAGGUAGACUUAUGGAGUUUAGGUGUGCUCACUUAUGAAUUCCUCGUUGGCGAGGCCCCUUUCGAGGAUACACCGCUUCUGACUCGGCGACGGAUUACUCGAGGUGAUAUGACCAUUCCAUCUUUCGUAAGCCCAGAGGCAAGAGAUUUAAUCAAAAGAUUGCUCGUCCUUGAUCCUGCUAAGCGGAUUCCACUAGACGAGGUUCAAAAACACCCGUGGAUCGUCAAGUAUUGUAUCAAGGGAGAACGAGCAACACAACGGAGUAUGGGCAAAGAAGGAAAAGCAUGA